CAUGUAAAUAUGCGGGGGCGUGUGAACGAGAGCAUAAAUUCGACGUCGCGUAGCUCCCUUAGCACAGACGCCACUACACUCUGUCCCGUGCACGAUAGAAAAAGAGUAGCAGUACAAUAAUGUGUGACGACGAAGUAGCAGCCCUUGUCGUAGACAAUGGAUCCGGAAUGUGCAAAGCCGGAUUUGCGGGUGAUGAUGCUCCUAGAGCAGUAUUUCCCUCCAUUGUUGGUCGACCCCGUCAUCAGGGAGUAAUGGUCGGUAUGGGCCAGAAAGACAGUUAUGUUGGAGAUGAAGCACAAAGUAAGAGAGGUAUUCUUACUCUGAAAUAUCCAAUCGAGCACGGUAUAAUUACUAACUGGGAUGAUAUGGAAAAAAUUUGGCAUCAUACUUUCUACAACGAAUUACGUGUUGCUCCUGAAGAACACCCAGUUCUUCUUACUGAAGCUCCACUGAAUCCUAAAGCUAAUCGUGAAAAAAUGACACAAAUAAUGUUCGAAACAUUUAACAGUCCGGCUAUGUAUGUUGCUAUUCAAGCUGUACUUUCAUUGUAUGCGUCUGGUCGUACUACUGGUAUCGUACUAGAUUCUGGAGAUGGUGUUUCCCAUACUGUACCUAUUUAUGAAGGGUAUGCUUUACCUCAUGCCAUUCUUCGUCUGGAUUUGGCUGGACGUGAUUUAACCGACUAUCUUAUGAAAAUAUUAACCGAAAGAGGUUAUUCUUUCACCACUACAGCUGAAAGAGAAAUCGUUCGAGAUAUUAAAGAAAAACUCUGUUAUGUAGCUUUAGACUUUGAACAAGAAAUGGCAACCGCAGCUGCUAGUACUUCCCUCGAAAAGAGCUACGAAUUACCCGACGGGCAAGUUAUUACAAUUGGAAAUGAAAGAUUCCGUUGCCCUGAAGCUCUAUUUCAACCUUCAUUUUUGGGUAUGGAAUCUUGUGGUAUUCAUGAAACAGUUUAUAACUCCAUCAUGAAGUGCGAUGUUGACAUCCGUAAGGAUCUUUAUGCUAACAAUGUUUUAUCUGGUGGUACUACAAUGUACCCAGGUAUUGCUGAUCGUAUGCAAAAAGAAAUUACUGCCUUGGCUCCAUCAACGAUUAAGAUUAAAAUUAUUGCCCCCCCUGAAAGAAAAUACUCAGUAUGGAUUGGUGGAUCAAUUCUUGCCUCGUUAUCAACUUUCCAACAAAUGUGGAUAUCUAAACAAGAAUAUGACGAAUCUGGUCCAGGAAUCGUCCAUCGCAAGUGCUUCUAAACUAAUUAAGUCUUUGUAUUUACAUUUCAAAUAUGGAUGUUCAAUUUUUUAGUACU